AUGGCGGCAAGGUAUUGGUGUCACAUGUGUUCACAAAUGGUGAACCCAAUCAUCGACGCCGAGAUCAAAUGCCCCUCUUGCCAAAGCGGGUUCGUCGAGGAAAUGAGCGGCGACAUGAACAGCGGCGGAAGCAGCAGCUUAAGGGAGAGUCAAGAGCCAGAGAUCGAUUUCGGGACAGACCGUGCAUUGUCUCUCUGGGGUCCGAUCUUGCUCGGAAUGAUGAACAACCCUCGUAGACGCAGGAGGUUUAGGAGGACAGAGCUUGGCGUAGUAGAUGACGAUGGGCUCAAUGGUGUUCUUGGUGCUGCUGAUGUCGAUGGAAAUGAUAAUCUUCGACAUCAUCACCAUCAUGGUCUUCGUCGUCAUCACCACAGGCAACAGGACAGAGAGAUUGAUUUAGACAGAGAGUUUGAGUCUAUCCUAAGGAGAAGACGGAGAAGCUCGGCUGCUAUAUUGCAGUUGCUUCAAGGGAUUCGUGCAGGGAUUGCUUCCGAGUACGAGAGCUCGGAACAAGACCCGUUUAAUCAAUCAGCUCUUGCUCAACGAUCAACGGGUUUGAGUCGAAACCAUAACAGUAAUGCUUCUCUUUCUGCUAUUGGAGAUUACUUCGUUGGUCCAGGUUUAGACCACUUGCUUGAGCAUCUAGCGGAUAACGAUUCGACGAGGCACGGGACUUUACCAGCGAGAAAGGAAGCUGUGGAGAAUCUGCCGACGGUUAAGAUAAGCGAGCCGUUGCAGUGUUCUGUUUGUUUGGAUGAUUUUGAGAAAGGGAGUGAAGCUAAAGAGAUGCCGUGUAAGCACAAGUUUCACGUCCGGUGUAUAGUGCCGUGGCUUGAGCUUCACAGUUCUUGUCCCGUGUGCCGGUAUGAGCUCCCUCCUGAUGAGGAUGAUGAUGAGACGAAGGUUGAUCGUGUGAGACCGAGAACAAGAACUAUGGAGAUCAACGUGAGUAGUAAUGUGGGAGAAGAUGAUGCGAGAAAUGGUAAUGGGAGCGAGGGAGGAAGAUUCUCUUUUCUGUGGCCGUUCAGUGGAUUGUUCUCUUCCUCCUCCUCGUCGUCAUCCGCAUCGGCCUCAAGGUCGUCGCAGUCCAAUGAGAACUCAAAUUCAGGAUAA